CAAAUGGUGACCACUAUUUUCCGUUAAGGUGAUGAAGUCAAAAGUAAAACUAUAUCACAUAUACGUUGGGGAAUCAUUAGGACUACAAGAUUAAUAUAGGUAGGUACUGGAUUAUACAGGAAUGGAUCGGUUUAUUAGAAAACACCCUUCCCCUAUUGAGGGCGCCACUAGACGGGCGAUGCCCUCUUAAAUGAAAACUUGUAAUAUCGUAGAAAAAUUACGACCGCAGAGAAUGGGGGUGAAGAUAAAAAUGGUGAAAUAUCAUUUGCUGUCUUUGAAACAAGUCGAAUGGAGCUUCAGAUCACCACUUAGAUCAAAAAUUUUCAUUACACAGACUUGUGCGUGGCGUAGUCGGUACGUAGCGCCAGUUCGUAGCAGGCGUCUACGCGAGGCGGUCGUAGAGGGUCUACGAAACUGAGAGAGUAAAAGUUCGAAACUCGAAAUUGUUUAAAUCUAGUGUAAUAUUGUACUUAGACUGGUGAUGUAACUCGUUUAAGAAUGCUAUUUAAGUUAUGGAAAACUUAAAAGUGUCGUAAUGGUGGAAGUUAAAGUUUUGAGUUAGAAACUUUUGAAUUUGAAGAUUUAAGGGGUUUUGAGAUGGAUUGAGUCAUAUCCAAGAAACCGGAGUCAGGCUGUGGCGCUGAAGAAUCACACUUCCUGUUUACUCGCGGUGCUGCCAGGGUCGCCAUAAGAUUUGAGUACACUCGAAAAAAUGAACAAGCCUCGCAAAUGGGACUUCUUAGAAAAUAUCUCGAGCAGAGGGAAAAUGGCGUACAAAAGGAUAAACCGUGGGAAACUCGUGGUUGUAUCGCAAACGAAAAAAUAUCUGCGUUACUUGCUAAUUACGUUUAGUGACAUGAAAACUGUUUCACAGUUCCAUGUGCUCGUAAAUAAAACUGCAUAAAUUGAUACCGGUGAUGUAGCAAGAGACGCAAUGGGGCAGUUGGCGACAAACGGACACAGCAACUUCAGUUCCAUCAGCAGUGAGUCGCUGCCGUACGGCACGGAGACCGACCUCUGCGCCGUCGCGGAUGAACCUAAGUACCCAAGCAGUCUCGGCAUCACCCUCGCAGUCCCCGAAUGGGAAGCCAUCUGCACGGCCAUAGUCUUAACCCUCAUAAUAAUCUCCACAAUAGUAGGAAACAUUUUGGUAAUCCUCAGCGUAUUCACCUACAAACCCCUUCGAAUUGUUCAAAAUUUCUUCAUCGUCUCCUUAGCGGUGGCGGACUUGACAGUGGCGAUACUGGUCCUACCUCUAAACGUAGCAUAUUCCAUAUUAGGACAAUGGGUCUUCGGUAUAUACGUGUGCAAGAUGUGGUUGACCUGCGAUAUUAUGUGUUGCACUUCAUCCAUUUUAAAUUUGUGCGCGAUUGCUCUAGACCGGUACUGGGCUAUCACAGAUCCUAUAAAUUACGCACAAAAGAGAACCCUCGAAAGGGUACUUUUCAUGAUUGGCAUAGUGUGGGCAUUGUCACUGAUUAUUAGCUCGCCACCACUGCUGGGUUGGAAUGACUGGCCCGAAGUAUUCGAACCCGACACCCCUUGCCGCUUGACCUCUCAACCGGGUUUCGUCAUAUUCUCCUCAUCAGGCUCCUUUUAUAUCCCGUUAGUUAUUAUGACUGUAGUAUAUUUCGAAAUAUACUUGGCGACAAAAAAAAGACUGAGAGAUCGAGCUAAAGCCACUAAGAUCAGUACAAUAUCUAGUGGCCGAAACAAAUGCGCCCCUCGAGAGAGUGACCAUAACGACCAAGACUCGGUCAGCUCGGAAGCGAACCAUAAUGAGCACCCAGGCGUCACGCGCCUCAUGUCAGAUAGCGAAAAGAAAAAACCUUCCAAAAAAUCUAACUCGAAAAAGAAACCAAAACGGCGAUACUGGAGCAAGGAUGAAAAAACUCAAAAUAAGCUGAUGAUUCCUAUCCUGUCAAAUGAAAACUCGGCAACUGAUAUAGCUGAUAACGAGAAUAGGAACACGUCCUCAGAAAGUAAUUCAAAAGAGACUCAUGACGAUGAAGUGGAAGUCGCAGAGCCGGUUAAUAAAAAACCGCCACAGAAGCCUCGACUAAUCCAACAGAACACCGUGUAUCAAUUCAUAGAAGAAAAACAGCGGAUCUCUUUAACUAGGGAACGCCGCGCAGCGCGCACUCUAGGUAUCAUAAUGGGUGUAUUCGUCGUAUGCUGGCUCCCUUUCUUCCUUAUCUACGUGGUUAUACCAUUUUGUGCUAGCUGUUGUUUGUCCAACAAAUUCAUAAACUUUAUUACCUGGCUCGGUUACAUUAAUUCGGCGUUAAACCCUUUAAUAUACACCAUAUUUAAUAUGGACUUUAGAAGGGCCUUUAAAAAACUACUUUUUAUAAAGGCAUAGCUAUCAUAUUUGGUGCCAAAGACUGUAAAAAAUUGUGUUUAGGGUGUAUAAGGCGCUUAAUAAUUUUGGAAGCCGCUGGUUUGCUCAAAUUAAAUAGUUUCAUGAAUCAUUGAUAUUGAUAUUACAUAAGUGUAUAAAUAUGAUUGGACUUCAUAAAGAUACUCAUUACCCAUUGUAAAUACGAUAAAUGUUGAAUAGAAUUUAAAAUUUCUUGUACAGAAGUGGUAAGAUUCGCAUAAAAAUAAUAUUAAAAUAUCUAACUUAAUGUUACUCUAAAUUGUAUUCUAGAGUGUACAUCAAUACUCACUUACAGGUUUUAAAUUGUGCAUAGCACAGUAGCUGCUGUAAGAAAUGCUUCAAUGUAAAUAUUUGUGGUUAGUUAAAUAUCGAAUUUAAAAUUAACGAAUCUUUACAUAAUGUCAACGAAUGCGUUCUUAUAUGUAACAUUGUAAAUACAUAUCUUUAAAAUGAUUUGAUCAGUAUAAUAAUGUUUCAGAAUUAAUAUUAUUUUCGCAUUGUUGAUUACGCCAUUAUGUUGAAUCUGUAGGUACAUGUUUGUUGUUUUUAAACUUAUAUCCCUUUAAAAUAGUUUGAGCCCGUAUUUUGAAAGGGAUAUUAACAGCAGUUUUUAUUGUUUGGAUUUUAAUAAAGUAUUAAUUA